UAUUUCGAUGCUCGCCACGUUUUGAUGUCGAAGUCCUCAUGUAUUCUUACAUCGGAUACUCCCGCAGUGCAGCCCUCAUAGCCGUGGUACAGGGUGCAACACGUUGGUUCUGGCCGAAAGCGCUCGCCACGGAGCCAAUUACUUAAACGCCCAGUAGCCGUUAUCCAUCUCUUUACGAUCGCACGCGAAAGAAUAUGUCUGAUAGCCACGACUCCACAGACACGACAGGGAAUAAACAUUCACAGCAGGGACAUCAAGGUCGGCCGCGUAACGUGGUACUCUAUGGGGAGAGUGGGGUAGGCAAAAGCUCGCUCAUAAACCUUAUCAUGGGUUGUGACGCAGCGAAAACAUCUCCUGAUGCCCUCGCAUGUACUACUACACAUGCUCCAUAUGAUGUAACGAUCAGCGGGCAACACUUCAGGCUGUGGGAUACAGCAGGGUUAAACGAAGGCUCAGAAGGCACAGUGCCUGCGGUGACGGCUGAAAGGAACCUGACUGCGUUCCUCCGAGGUCUUAACCAGGAAGACGGUGUCCAUCUUCUUAUAUAUUGUGUGCGCGGAACGCGAGCAACGAAGGCUCUGCAGACUCACUACAAGAUAUUCUCGACAGUUAUCCGUGAUAGCAAAGUGCCCACGAUUAUUGUGGUGACGUGCCUGGAAGACUUCCGUCCUGUGAUGGCAGAGUGGUGGAAUGAGAACAAGGACGAGCUUGCGACAUAUGGAAUGCAAUUCUCUGGGUAUGCUUGCGUCACCACUCUAAAGGAUGAACCCACAGAGUCCCCGGAUAUUCACCAACGUCGUACACAGUCCUACAAUGAUGUCUGCAGAAGCAUCCUAGAUCAUUGUUCGCAGACUCCUCACAAAACGUGGGGCGCUGAUACUAUCAAAGAUCAGCGAAGCUUCCUCGCGAUUUUGCUGCAGAAGUUAGCUCGUUUUGUUGGAGGAGCCCACCGUGACCAGGAUGCCUCAAAAGCAUCUUUGUCGUAGCUACUAAUUCUUGUACAAACGAUUUCUUGAUAUCAAACUUCUAUCACUUACCCAAUUCUCUCGUACAUAGCAUCACGAAAUGCCUGCAUGACUCUCGGAUGGUA